AUGUCUGCAGAAUCAGCCACUGCAAUUCCAAGAGCCCAAGUUGAUUUAUUGGACUUCGUUGAUUUUUCUGGAGUUGAAUGUCUUAACCAAAGCACAAGCCACUCUCUUUCCAAUGCUAUUAAGCAGGGUUAUAGAGAUGAUGAUGGUUUGAAUCUAGAGAGUGAUGCAGAUGAGCAGUUAUUGAUUUAUAUACCUUUCAAUCAAGUUGUUAAACUUCAUUCUAUUAUCAUCAAAGGACCUGAAGAAGAAGGUCCAAAGACAGUAAAACUUUUCUCAAACAAGGAGCAUAUGGGAUUUAGCAAUGUUAACGACUACCCUCCAAGUGACACUAUAGUUUUAUCCCCAGAUACUCUCAAGGGAAAACCUGUGGUCUUAAAGUAUGUCAAGUUUCAGAAUGUUCGUAGCUUGACAAUAUUUAUCGAGGAUAAUCAAUCAGAUUCUGAGAUCACAAAAGUUCAAAAGAUUGCUCUUUUCGGAACAACGGUGGAAACAACGGACAUGAAGAGCCUGAAGAAGAUUGAGGAUCACUAA